AUGGAACAAAGGGGCGUGCAGGAUUGGGUGAGACGCUGUUUUCUCUGGUACGCGGCUGCGGUGCUUUUGUGCAGCGUGACUUCGGCGCAAUUAAGGUACUCCAUCUCCGAGGAGGUCGAUGGAGGAACGGUGGUUGGGAAUGUUGCAAAAGACCUCGGAUUGGAUAGAAAUACGCUGAAAGAGCGCAAAUUUCGGAUUGUUUCAAGUACUGCGGAGCCUCUUUUCCACGUGAGUCAGAGCGACGGCGUCCUUUACGUCAGCAGGAAGAUCGACAGGGAAAAGGAGUGCCCCCAAAGCAGUACGUGUUUGAUCAACUUAAAAACCGUGCUCGAAAGCCCACUUGAGGUCCACUAUGUUGGAGUGGAGGUGCUGGAUGUAAACGACCAUUCUCCCAGUUUUCCUGAGGAAGAAACAAAACUAGAUAUUUAUGAAUCUGUGUUGCCAGGAGCAAGGUUUCAGAUGAAAGCUUCUCAGGAUGGAGACAGUGGUCAGUUUUCUGUUCAGCAUUAUAAACUCAGUGUCAAUAAUUAUUUUGGUUUAGAAGUUAAAGAUCGAGGGAAAGAUGGCAAAAUUCCCAUAUUGGUGGUUAAAAAAUCAUUAGAUAGGGAGACAACUGGGUACCUUACGCUAGUGUUAAUGGCAAUGGAUGGGGGAAAACCUCCUAAAACAGGUGAAAUGAAUGUUUUGAUAAAUGUGUUAGACGUUAAUGAUAAUGCACCCGUUUUCGCUAAAGAUGUUUAUUCUGUGGUGCUCAGUGAGAAUGCAGCAAUAGGAACAACUGUCAUACAAGUGAAUGCCACUGAUCUAGAUGAAGGAUCAAAUGCAGAUGUAAUUUAUUCUUUCAGCAAUAGUAUGAGUCAAAAUAUAAUGGAAAUAUUUGAUAUCUCACAAACAGGGGAAAUUGUUGUGAAAGGUCCUAUAGACUAUGAGGAGAAUGACAUGUUUCAAAUUGAAAUACAAGCAUCAGAUAAAGGUUCUGUUCCACUGAUGGCAGAAAAAAGCAUUAUUAUCAAAGUACUUGACAUCAACGACAAUGUCCCUGAGAUUGAAGUGACGUCAUUUUCGAGUUCUAUCCCUGAAGAUUCCAGGCCUGGGACCACAGUGGCUCUAAUCAGUGUGAAUGACUUGGACUCUGGAGUCAAUGGGAAAGUCAUUUGCUCCAUAAAUGAGGAUGUUCCUUUUACUUUGUCACCAUCAUUGCAAGACAAAAUGUAUUCUUUAGUGACCAAAUCACCUUUAGACAAGGAGAAAAGGUCCCACUAUGAUAUAACAGUAGUUGCAAGAGAUGCUGGUAAACCUGCACUCUCGUCUCAAAAGACAAUCAGUGUUUCCAUUUCAGAUGUGAACGAUAACAGUCCCGAGUUUUCAGCCAGUCCUUACACUUUCUAUGUCACCGAAGGCAACGAUGCGGGCGCCGCCAUCUUUUCUGUCAAAGCCUUUGAUCAGGAUGACAAUGAGAAUGCUGCCAUUUCAUAUCACAUUCUCAGAAAUGAUCACAUGCUGUCUUCAUUUUUAAGUAUAAAUAGUGAAAAUGGACAGAUCUCGGCCCUAAAAAGUUUUGACUUUGAGACAUUGAAAAGUUUCCAGUUUCAAGUGGUGGCCAGGGAUGGUGGAAGUCCUCCACUGAGCAGCAACGUGACAGUCAAGGUGUUCAUUCUGGAUCAGAACGACAACGCUCCAGUCAUCCUGUAUCCAGUCAGCUCCAAUGGUUCUACCCAAGGUGUGGAGGAGAUUCCUCGCAACAUCAAAGCGGGAGACUUGGUGACCAAAGUCAGAGCCUACGACGCCGACAUCGGCUAUAACGGCUGGUUGCUCUUUUCGCUGCAGCGAGUCAGCGACCACAGUCUGUUUUCUUUGGACCGCUACACGGGCCAGAUCAGAACACUUCGCUCCUUCACGGAGACGGACGAGGCUGAGCACCGCUUGCUCAUCCUGGUCAAAGACAACGGCAACGUGUCGCUCUCUGCAACGGCUACAGUGACCGUCAAACUCGUGGAGCCCAAAGAGGCUUUUGCGGCUUCUGACGUGAAAGGUGCAGCCACGGUGGACGAGGAGGACAAUGUGACUUUUUACCUGAUGAUCACUUUGGGCUCGGUGUCGCUCCUUUUUGUUAUCAGCAUCGUGGUGCUGAUAGCCAUGCAGUGCUCCAAAUCCAGCGAGUACACUUCCAAAUAUCUGCAAGAAACCAAUUAUGAUGGCACGCUAUGUCACAGCAUCCAGUACAGAUCGGGAGACAAACGCUACAUGUUAGUUGGACCUAGAAUGAGUAUCGGCUCCACCAUAGUCCCGGGAAGCCACGCCAACACGCUGGUGCUCCCUGACAGGAGACACACUUCCGGGGAGGUAAGGCUCAUUCAUGUAUGA